ACACCGAUCAAUCAAUCAUGUGAUGCGUUGCAUAGAUGCAGAGCAGAGGCAGCCGGGAUCGAAUGGAGGAGCCUCAGCCGGCCUGCCGGUCCUUUUCCCUUCCAACCACCGCGCGAUCUGCCGCAAAUCCUCUCCAUGCUUUCCCAGCGGAAAAGGAGAGAGACACUAGACACAUUAUCCUGCUGCUAUACUAUACCGCCACCGCAACAGCCCACCCGCCGCCGCCGCCGGUGCAAGUUCGUAUUUGGAACUUGCAUGCCCGCGUCGUCGUCGUCGUCGUCGCCCAACAUCCUGAGCUGCUCCGCCCUGGAGGAGGAUCCGUGGUCGCCUACAGCAACGAUGAUGACCGCCGGCGACGACGACGACGACUUGUUGGUGCAGCUGGUGCCGAGGGACGUCUCGGACGGGCUCCUCGGCAAGUUCGCGGACACCAGCGCCUUCGACUUCGACUACGGCCGCAGCGGGCUCUGGUCGCCCCUGCUGCUGCGCCCCGAGGCCAUGCUGCUUGCGCAGUCCCCGGCCGCCGGCCGGCGCCCACGACGGCGGCGGCGCCGGAAGCGGAGGAAGGUGCUCUGCUGCUGCUGGCGAUGGUGGUGACGCGACCGCGACGUGCAGUGCAGUGUUCCCUACGGACGAAACAUCUGCUCUGCUCUGCUCUGCUCUUAAUAAUAAUGCUGCUGAAUCUUGGAUUUCUUCAUUCUUCAGUACAUGCAAAAGAGUCAUUCUCUGUAUGGACCAUGAGAAGCUGAGUAUUUAUGUAUGCGUGCAGUGCAGCGACGUAUAUAAGGACCAGAUUGCAAGACGACAUGAUUGUUUUUUGGUAUUGCUUUUUGGAGCCAUCCCCAACAUGGAUGAAUCCUGUAAUUACCUUGUUUUGUUGGAAAGUACGUACUACUUUUUGAUCCA